AUGAAGUCGUUCUUCCGAGGAAACUCCUGGUCCUCCUCCGAGGUCGCGCUUCCGAAGGCGAUGAAUACCAGCGUGCCGCCGGAGUGGUGGACUCGGAGCCAUCACCACGGCGACCGCACUGGAGCCGCCGCCGGAAGAGGAGAUCACAUUCGCGGCGCAUUGCUUGUGGCGAGCCUGGUAUGUGGAAUUGUAGGCGUUUCUUUGCUGAUUGCCUCUGCUUUUAUCUACAUCUUUAAAUUCAAGAAGCACAGAUCAUCGCCGUCCUCGCUCUCACUCUCUGAUUCUACUAACAUUGUUAUCAACAAGUAA